AACGGCCAUGAAUUGUUUUUGACUUUCUUCUGGAACACUGCCAAAUUCGCGCGGACGCCUUUCAUCGAUUGCAGCUCGAUACCAUGGCUCUACGUCGUGGAAAACGUAAUCUGAAACUGCAGGUCUCCGACGAAGCUCCCGCACCAGUGACACCACCAAGGAAUUUAGAUAAACGGACUACUAUUACAAUAGAUGAAAAAACGUUUGUUGUUGAAGCAGAUGAUUUAGAAACCCUUUGCGUCCUUGGUCGUGGAGCAUACGGAAUUGUUGAUAAAAUGCGACAUAAACAGAGUGGUACAAUUAUGGCUGUCAAGAGAAUAACUGCAACUGUUAAUACACAAGAACAAAAGCGUCUGCUUAUGGAUUUAGACAUUUCUAUGCGUAGCUCAGCAUGUUCCUACACAGUACAAUUUUAUGGAGCCUUAUUCCGAGAGGGAGAUGUAUGGAUAUGCAUGGAAGUGAUGGAUAUGAGCCUUGACAAAUUUUAUACAAAAGUAUAUAAACAUAGUCGUGCUAUUCCUGAAGAUAUUUUAGGAAAAGUGGCUUUUGCGGUAGUAAGCGCAUUACAUUACCUCUACUCACAAUUACGGGUAAUUCAUAGAGAUGUUAAGCCUAGCAAUAUUCUAAUUAAUCGGAAAGGUGAGGUAAAAAUUUGCGAUUUUGGUAUAUCUGGUUACCUCGUGGACUCAGUUGCCAAGACUAUUGAUGCUGGAUGUAAACCAUACAUGGCUCCAGAAAGGAUAGACCCAUCGGGUAACCCGUCGCAGUACGACAUCAGAUCCGAUGUCUGGUCAUUAGGAAUUUCCCUUGUUGAAUUAGCCACUGGUAAAUUUCCAUACGAGUCGUGGGGCACGCCGUUCGAGCAACUGAAACAAGUGGUGAAGGAUGAUGCUCCAAAAUUACCUGCUGGCAAAUUCUCUCCUUCGUUUGAGGAAUUUAUCAAUAAGUGUCUAAUGAAGAAUUACACUGCCCGUCCAAAUUACAGUCAAUUGUUAGAACUCAACUUUAUUAAGGAACAUGCUCAGAAGGACACAAAUGUGGCAGAAUUCGUCGGGGAGAUUUUAGACUUACCGGAAAACGAGCCGGUAUAGUACAUACAUUAUUUUGACAUAGCUUGCAAUAUAAUUUGACUUGCAAUUUAUAUUUUUGCAAGAUAGUCACUUAAUGGCAUCCUCAUAUGUAAUUUAUAUUAUCGAUCAUUCGAUCCAUUGUGUAUCAAGACGUAACUGGCACUUGAAUGAUUAUUUCUUUAUUUAUCAUCGUUUUCAUAUUAAUUUUUAUUAAUUAUCUAUUAUAAUUAUAGCAUCUAAAAGUUUGGCUUGAAAAUAAUUGUCUAUUUCGAUCCUAAUCUUAUUGAAAAGUGUUCAAUUUGUUAUAAUAUCAUAUAAUAUAUAAUACACAGAUGUUUUUUAUAUAUGAUAGAGAGUAAUAUAAGAGUUAGCAUUCAUGGCAUUGUGGUAAUACAAUAAAGAAGUAAUAAUAACAUUAUCGAUAUACACAUUUUUAGAGAAGAGAAACAGAUUAGAAAAAAGACCAAUAUAUAUAUUACAACAUUGAAAAUUGUACAUAGUAAUCAAAUAAUCCAUGAUCAAAAUUUAAUUUAUUUUUCUAUUUAAAAUUGUUUCACAUUUAUUAGUGAUGAAUUGUAUUGAAGAUUAUAUUAGUUAUAGGGAUUGAAUUUUGUGACAUGGAUGUUGUAUGCAUAGUAUAUAUAUAAUUAAUAUUAUAUAGUGAGAGUGUCUCUUGUGUAGAACUCUCUUUGAGAUGUUUUUUUUUCUAUAUAUGAUCUAGCAUCAAAAUGUAAUAAAAAUUAAUCUCGAAUAAACGAUCGUUUUUAGUAUGAAAAA